GCCAGCACGCGACCCGCAUCGCAUCCCCUUUCGUCUCGCCGGAGCCGCGGCGCCGCACCGCACGACCUCACCUCACCGGCCCCGGGCCCAAGUCCAACCCCGCCAAAAUCCAUUCGAAACCUCCCGAUUCCCUCCACAAAAUUUACAAAACCAUAGCUCUCCCGCCAAUCUCCAGACCAUUUCGAUCCCAUUUCUCUCCCCAAAUCCGCGACACCGUUGCCCAGCGCAGCCGACCCAAACCUAGCUCCCCCGCCGCCGCCGCCCGCCGGGAUGGACUUCUCGGCUCCCUCAUUCUCGCUGGGUUUCGACUGGGACGACGACGACGACCCCCCGGCCGGGAGCGACCGGCACGAGCAGCCGCGCGGGUACGAGGCCCCCGACCCGCCGUCGUUCUCGUUAGGGAUCGACGACGACGACGUCGUGGAGGCGCCCCGCAUCCCGGCGGUUGACCGCCAGAAGGGGCACGAGCGGUGGUCCACGGCGCCCGAUCCACCGUCGUUCUCGCUGGGCUUCGACGAUGACGUCGUGGAGGAGCCCCGCAUUCGGGCGGGUGGCCGCCGGAAGGAGCACGCUCGGGGGUACACGGCGCCCGAUCCGCCAUCGUUCCCCCUGGGCUUUGACGACGAAGACGGCGAUGGUGACAUACUCGCUGCCGACCAGCGGUGCGAGCGGGCGCGGCCCCCGGUGGCGCCCGGAGCUCCCGCUUCGACCGGCGCUGCAGAUGACGAUGAUAAGGAGGAUGGCUUCGUCCUCGCCGGUGGCAGGCGGCCGGUCCGAGUGGAGCGUCACAGGCUAGACCGAGAUCCCCUGCCGCCGCCGCGGCUGCAGACCAAUCGGUUCGCGGCGCCCGAUCCGCCGUCGUUCUCAUUGGGCUUCGACGACGAAGACGGCCAUGGUGACAUCCUCGCUGCCGACCAGCGCCGCGAGCAGGCGCUGCCGCAGGCGGCGCUCGGAGCACCCUCUUCGACCGGCACUGGAGAUGACGAUGAUAAGGAUGAUGACUUCGUCCUCGCCGGUGGCAAGCGGCCGGUCCGGGUGGAUCGCGACACGAUAGACACAGAUCCCCUGCCGCCGCCGGCUUCGACCAAUCGGUUCAAGCGGCUGCGGAAGGGCCCUGCGCCAGCCCAUCCGGCGCCAACACCCCAGGUGCUGCACUGUGAGGCGCCGUAUUCCUCCCUUAUAAUCAACGACGACGACGACUCCCUAGCUGGCGGCCAGCACCACGAGCAAUCGAAGCCACAGGCCGCACCUCGGGUCCCCUCGUCGCUCAGUAUCGAAGAUGAGGACGGCGACUUCUUCCUCGCUGGUGACCAACAGCCAGAGCCAACACUGCCUGAGCCUGAAGUGACUCAACUCAAGCGGCUGCGGAAGGGCCCUGCACCACCACAUCUGGCGCCAUCACCGCCUCCUUUGAAGGUGCCAGGACAACCCACGGUAGUGAUUGACAAUGCAGCAAGAGCGGCGGUUGGGAGUUGGGAAGACGAGAUCGAGGAUUGGACAACAGACGAGGACCGACCGGUUCGAGGUGAGUGCCUGAGCGAUGUGCCACCAUCUGUUGGUAGUUGCAGCACUUCCAGCAACUCAAAAUUCUCUCUGCUUAAUCGUGGUGUUCUUAUGACUCAGUCAGCAACCAAAGCAAACAGAUCAAAAAUUUCACAAACACCAAAUACUUCUGCUUCAAUAUCUUUGGAAGAAAGCUGCACAAAGAAACUACUUCCUAAGAUAACAGUAAGCCCGAUGAGGAAAAUCUAUUUGCUUGAUUCUGACACUGAUGCAGACGAUGACCACAAUCAAAAUAAAGCAAAGACCCAGCAGCAAAACACGAAGCCCCGAGGGAGCAGUACUGUGCUGAAGAGUGGAGCUAUGAUGAAUGACAAUUGGGCAACACCUGCCUUGGACGAGUUCUGCAAUGAAUACUUCAAAUCUUCAAAAGAUGCAGGGUUUUCUCAGCAGAAAGAAGGCAACACUCACUACAGGGUUUCUCAACCUAAGAACUCUGGGCAUUUCCAGCAACAAACGUCUUCAAGUGGAGCUGAACUAUAUGAUGGUCCUCCUGCUAUGCAUUAUUUGUUCCACCCUGACCCAAGGGUGGGUAAUUUGUUCAGGAACAGGCUGCAACAUUUUGUUCCCAUUGGGGCAGGAAGUACCAGAGAAAAUGGGCAAAACAGAGCAGAAAGUCUCAGCAGCGGCAGGAGGCAAUUCAGCUCGAGUGCAGCUGCUAACGAUGACUGGGUGACUCCUGGGAGGAUCUCAGUUCCAACUGAUGCCAGUAAAAGAAGGGUGCGUGCCAGUGGAUCCCAUUCUGGCUCUGGCCAUUGGUUUACUGAUGACAGUGGGAGGAAGGUUUAUGUCUCAAAAAAUGGGCAAGAGUUGACUGGCCGCAAUGCCUAUCGACAAUAUCAAAAGGAAAGUGGCAGGGGAUUCGGCAGGUACAAGAAGAAAGGUUCAUCUGGAACCAAACGAGGUGCUGCUAAAGUGAAGACCGAAACUGCGGCCAAACGAGGCACGAGUAGGGCUAAAAGGAAGCGGUGACUGCCUGCCCGCUUCACAUUGGGCAGGAUUCUGUAGCUAGUACCCCCCCUCUCCACCUCGCGUGCUUCACUUGAUAGCCGAUUUGUUGAUAGAACCAUAUGAAUGCAUAAUAAAGCCUCAAUUGCUCUCGGUUUUCCCUUAUAUCAGGAGGCACACGCAUAAAUAGUACAUGGUUCUAUCGUGUGUUCGUAAAUAUUUUUUUGGCUCUUACUGUAUUCUGUUUUUUGGUGCCAAGGAUCCAUAGGCAAAAGGCUGGUAUACUCCACUGGAUGUACUAUAAACCAUUAUUGCACGCUCGUGGCAUUCAUCGGCUAAUAAUUCUGAACGUUUGCCCACCGACAAUGAAUGGGCACACCAUGUCA